AGUCGGCAACGAUGAUUCAAUUUGUCAAUAAAAGUAAUGGAAGUGGGGGCACACUGCCGAAACUGACCGACAGAACUUCAUUUUAAAGUUCUAAACCCUCCGGGCUCUCUCUCUCUCUCUCUCUCUCUCUCUCUCUCUAACUGUGAUAGCCGGGCUGAGCACCACCAUAGAGGGAUGAUACAGCUACUCUACACCGUGAUCGUCGCCCAAAUGGCUCUCAUUCUCACCCUUCUCUUUAAGACGCCUCUGCGAAAGCUCGUGAUUGUAACCUUGGAUCGCGUCAAGCGCGGGCGAGGCCCAGUCAUGGUCAAGACCGUAGGUGGAACCGUCCUCGUCGUGCUUGCAUCCAGCGUUUUCAGCAUGGUCAAGAUCCAGCGCCGCACGAUCGAGGCAGGCGUUGCCAAUCCCACCGACCAGGUCCUCAUGUCCAAGCACAUGCUCGAAUCUUCUCUUAUGGGGUUCGUGUUAUUCCUCUCACUGAUGAUUGAUAGAUUACAUCAUUACAUAAGAGAACUGGGUUUACUCAGGAAGAACAUGGAGGUUGCAAAAAAACAAAAUCGAAGUUUUGAGGAUUCCAAAAAUGGCAGUGCAGAGGAGUUUAAGGCCUUAGGGGAAGAGGUUGCUGUAUUGAGGACGAAGAUCAAGAAGCUGGGAUCUGAAUGUGAAGCAAAAGCAAAGGAGGCGAAAGCCGCUGAAGCCGAAGCAGAGGCUUUAAGAAAGCAAUCUGAAGGAUUCCUUCUGGAAUAUGACCGUUUGCUAGCAGACAAUCAAAACCUUCGCAACCAGUUAGAAUCAAUCGACCAGAGCUUCUCACAGCCGGAUCACAAAAGUAACAUGUGAGUGGGCAGAGGCUAAUAAUGAACAAUAUUCUCAGCUACUUGUAUGAAUGAGAACUUAAAGAUUGUAUUUGCAAAUGGGAAGAAAAUGUAGGGUGCCUGUUCACUGUUAGGUUUAUAUACAAAGUAGAGUAAAAUGAUGUGUCUCUAAUGCACACAUUGAGUGAUUGUUACCUUUUUAACUUAUACAUGCAGUUGGAUAAAAUCAAAA